UCACUAGGCGUUGAUAAAAAGAGCUUUGAGCAAGGAAACUCCCAGCGCUAACGCUGGAAACCAGCUUCCACUGUCUCCCGCGGUGGCCACCAUGACACUUCCUGGUUGUGUUUUUGGAUGGAAAACUUUAUUGACAAUGGACGGUGCAUUACAACGACUCAGUAAAUGGAAGACGGUUGGCAACAAAUGCACCACGGAGACCACAUACUAUUCUUGGUGUAAUAGAAUAUACCUGUCGGCGUUGUUUGAAGAUAAUAUGUAUAUAUAAUACACUCAAGCGUUUUUCACAAAUUGACGGCAUGACACAUGAGAUAAAAACGCUUUCUUAAAUAAUGUUUGACGAUAGAAGUUCAAUUUUCCGACAGUACCAGAAGGCAUCACAAGACUCCCACUCUUCUCGCCUUGACGCUGCAUCCGGUUUGCGAUUAAACAAGGGUCUUUACUGGGCCCACAGGAGUUAUUUAACAAACUUUAUCGAUUUGAGUAACGUUUACGUUACAUUUAAAGCCAAGAAGAGCCGAAUGAACACUCUUAUGCGAAGAUGGAAGCUACGGCAGCUUGCAAAUUGGAGAGCUAUCCAGGUUGGGACAGCAGUGGCGACCUUUGACCUGAGGAAAGUGGAAUUAACCCCCCUGGAACAGCGGAAGCUUACUUUUGACUCGCAUGCCAUGGUGACCCAGCUGGCAAGUAGCGGUUUCGAGAAACGACAGGCCGAGCUCAUCGUCUCCGCUCUGGUGACUUUGACAACGGCCAACAUGGAUAUUGUUUAUAAAGACAUGGUGACCAAGUUGCACCAGGAAAUUGCCCUGCAGCAGAUAAUGGCCCACCUGGACGCCAUCAGGAAGGACAUGGUGAUCCUGGAGAAGAGCGACUUUGCCAACCUGCGAUCUGAGAACACGAUGAAGCGGGAACUGGAGCAACUGCAUAAUCGACUGAAGGAAGAGAGUCUAAAAGUGCGGGCGGAAUCCAAACUGGAUAUCAACCUGGAGAGCAGCCGCAUCUCUGACAUGUUUACAGAGCAGGACACGAAGCUGAUGGAGGCUAGCACAGAAUUCCAUCAAAAAAAAGCCGACCUGGAUCACAACAACAUGGAGAUCAGCAAGAAGAUGGACCUGCAGGUGGCUUCACUUAAAACGGUCCUGGAAUCACUCAAGCUGGAGACCAUUCGUUACCUCGCAGCAACUGUGUUCUCCUGCCUGACCAUUGCUCUGGGUGUUUACUGGUUAUGGAGGUGAAGCUUUGAAAGUGUACAUGUCGAUUAAAAGUAGCGGCAGGGAAAAGUUAUUACAUUUUCAAUCAAAGACUGCUCUCUUACUGACAUGCAUGUUGCUUAUGUUUGAAGUUUGUUUUUUUAAGUAAAAUCUAUGAACUAGUUCCUUCCC